AUGUCGGAGCUGUCCCUCGGCGUCGACCGCGUCGUGCGAGAUCUCACUCCAGAGGCGUUAUGUCGCCUACCAGAGCUGCUGCAAGGCAUCGUCUUCCACGCCGAUACCUUGACGGCCGGCAAGGCGCACCUUUCAUCGCCGACGGACGCCAUCAGAAACCUAGCCAACAUCAUCGAUGAGCUCGAGAGCAAGACGGAAAGGAGGCAAAUGCGCCGAACACUCUCGGAAAUUGAUACCUGCCUGGAGUCAGAGAGCCACACGAUCCGAGAAAGUGUCAAGAAACACCACAGAGCGCACCAACUGAUCACGUCCAACUUCGCAGCAGUCAUGGGCAGACUGACUGGCAAGACGAUGCGUAAGGAUUUCGUGACGGCAGCGAUGAAGGAAGGUGCCAUCAAGGCCUACAGGUAUCCGGAAGUGAAGCAUGUUGAACUGGUUAUUGAACUUCAGUCGGGGCAGUUAGUGUUGGGCCGAAGUUUCCCUGGCCUGGCUCAUCUGCUCCUCAGGCGCUAG